GCAGACUGCUUUGUUGGCUCUCGCAAACAGCUGACAGCUUGUGCAUGGCUGCGCUGUGCCAGAAAGCAAAAUAGUCAAGUGCGAAUGAGGAAAACAUUGAAUUAUUUGUGAUUUUUUUCAUUAUAAACAGCAACAAUGGUGUUAGCAGAUCUAGGGCGGAAGAUUACUUCCGCUCUGCGGUCGCUCAGCAAUGCCACGGUCAUCAAUGAAGAGGUUCUCAAUGCUAUGCUUAAGGAAAUUUGUGCAGCCUUGUUGGAAGCUGAUGUAAAUAUUCGUUUGGUGAAAAAACUCCGUGAAAAUGUUCGGUCAGUUAUUGACUUUGAGGAGAUGGCUGGUGGUCUUAACAAGCGUCGGAUGAUUCAGAGUGCUGUUUUCAAGGAGCUUGUCAAGCUUGUCGACCCUGGAGUAAAACCAUAUCAGCCUGUGAAAGGAAAGCCAAAUAUUAUAAUGUUUGUUGGUCUGCAAGGUUCUGGUAAAACUACAACGUGUACCAAAUUGGCAUAUCACUACCUCAAGAAAAACUGGAAGGCCUGUUUGGUGUGUGCUGAUACUUUCCGAGCUGGUGCAUAUGACCAGCUUAAACAGAAUGCCACAAAGGCAAGAAUUCCAUUCUAUGGAAGUUACACCGAAGUAGAUCCAGUAGUUAUUGCCCAAGAUGGUGUAGAGAUGUUUAAGAGGGAAGGCUUUGAAAUUAUUAUUGUGGAUACCAGUGGAAGGCACAAACAAGAAGAAUCUCUCUUUGAAGAAAUGUUGGCUGUCUCUAAUGCUAUUAAACCGGACAAUGCUAUUUUUGUUAUGGAUGCCACAAUUGGUCAAGCUUGUGAGGGUCAAGCAAGAGCUUUCAAAGAGAAGGUUGAUGUAGGUUCCGUGAUUAUCACAAAGUUAGAUGGCCAUGCCAAGGGUGGUGGUGCUCUCAGUGCUGUGGCAGCCACCAACAGUCCUGUAAUCUUUAUUGGUACUGGAGAACAUAUUGAUGAUCUGGAACCGUUUAAAACAAAGCCCUUCAUAAGCAAAUUACUUGGUAUGGGUGAUAUUGAAGGUCUGAUGGAUAAAGUGAAGGAGCUUGAUCUUGACGACAAUGAAGAACUAAUUGAGAAAAUUAAACAUGGCCAGUUCACCCUUCGUGACAUGUAUGAACAGUUUCAAAAUAUUAUGAAGAUGGGUCCCUUCUCACAGAUAAUGGGUAUGAUCCCAGGUUUCAGUCAGGAUAUUUUAUCUAAAGGCAGUGAACAAGAAUCUAUGGCCCGAUUGAAGCGCCUAAUGACAAUAAUGGAUAGUAUGAACGAUAAAGAGUUAGACAAUAGAGAUGGCGCCAAGCUAUUUAGCAAACAACAAGGGCGGGUUACCCGAGUUGCUCAAGGUGCAGGUGUCACUGAGAAAGAAGUAAAGGACCUUAUUGCACAGUACACUAAGUUUGCUGCUGUGGUUAAAAGGAUGGGUGGUAUCAAGGGAUUAUUCAAAGGAGGAGAUAUGGCUAAGAAUGUUAACCCUAAUCAAAUGGCUAAACUCAAUCAACAAAUGGCAAAGAUGAUGGAUCCAAGAGUGCUACAACAAAUGGGUGGCAUGAAUGGUCUUCAAAACAUGAUGAGACAGUUACAACAAGGCGCAGCAGGUGGUUUAGGGAAUCUAAUGGGUGGAUUUGGAGGAAAGUCAUGAAGAAAACUCCUUUUUUAAGAACUGUGAAUUUUAUUGUACCCAGGAAUAAAUGCACCCCAAAAACACUUUCUCUUUUGAGACACAUCAGUACUUUUAAACUUUUUGAUUGUUAUGUUUUUUGGUGCAAGAUGUCUCUUUGUGUUUAUUGAUGUUAAGUGAGAAAGGAGAGUGAUAUUUUGGUUUGACAAGAAAGAACUGUCUUGGGGUGUUUGCUGCAUAUCCAUGCAAGCAUAGCUCAUUAUUGAAGAGUGGUGGAGGUGUGGUGUUGACAUAGAGCUGCAGCUUUGAUCUUCCAAUCUUUUUUUUUUUUAAGUUUUUUUUUGUUGUUUUCUUUUCCUGCCUGAAGUACUCUGUAAGUAUUUGUCUGAUUUUAUUUUUCAAUUGGACUGAUCUUAUUUUGAUAGAAAGGGAAAGUUAUGUUUUAACCAGAAAACAUACUAAUGGAAAAUGUUGCUUUUGUUAAGGUAGCAUGUUACUGCUACUGGUUGUUUUUAUCAUUUGUACAUUUUUUCUGGAGCAAUAUGUGUGAAGGGCCAUUCCAUUGUUACCAUUAGGAAAGGAGGCAGGUGAAUGCUGGUCAUUGAUUUCAACCAAUUGUUUUACUUUUCUAGUAUCUUUGAACUUUGUCAUCAUGUUUGAUAAGAUUGCAUAGUUUUCAUGUCUUAAGUUUUAUAGAAUGUGUUUAUAUGUGAGUCUGUCAUGAAGUAAAUCACUGUGUUGAACUGUCAAAGGAAAAAAAAGAAGAUAAAAAGCUGACUUUGUGCCUCGUAUUUGUUUUUGAUAAUAAAACAAAAUUUUGUCUUUCUAGUGUUUCAAAAUUUGUUGCAUUUCAUAUGAGUAUAGAUCAGAUAGUUUCUUAUUGUUUUCAUGUGCUCAUGGCCAGCUCAAGCUCAGAAAUCCAUAGGACCCAUUGCCUCUCUCUUUUAGUCCAUCAUGCUGAAAGUAUCAAUCCUUGCCUUGAGAUCAUGCAGUCAAGCUCUAAACUGUGCGACUUCAAGCUUGUUGGUGUUGAUUCCUUGUAUAUUAAAGAAUAUGUAUCAGAGUUUAUAUCUUUCAAA